GUAAUAUAUAUUUUAUCGAUAAGUCCAGCUGAUUUUAUGAAAAAGAAACAGAAAAACUAAUAUUCGCACGCAUUUCCACUGAUAUCCAACGGCUUGAACACAAUUCCGUUUCUAGGACUGCAGCCACGUGAUUUGAGUGCUCGACUUUACCUGGAUGUGGCCGCCAAACAAAAGCUAGUCAUGGCAGUGUUCCAAAUCUAGUGGAUGGCUCGGCGCAAAGCACAAGACAACAAACACACCCACCAAAAAAAAACAACCCAAAAACUAGUGCUUACUCAUCGCAUCGCCGAAAUAUGUCUAGUAAUCCCUUUGACAGCGAUGAGGAUCAGAGUGCCGCCAGUGGGGAGAUCUUAGAGGGCUUCCUCUGCCCCAUUUGCCGCGCAGAUCUCAAGUCCAUUGACGUGCUCACGGAUCACUUUGCGCGGCAGCAUGCCGAGGAGGAGGAUACCCUCAAGUCUGUUUUCAAUAUAUUUGUAAAGGCCAAGAAGAAAAUCCUCAACAACUUUGAAGAUGAACGUAGCGGUGCAGCAGCGGGCUCCUUCUCGUCUUCGAUGGCGGCCGGCGGCUCGUCGAAUGCCAAUGGAAACGGCGCGGACCAGCGGGUGCUGAGCAAUGCUCGCUCGCGUUUCAAUGUCUUUAACUACAUGUCCAAGCAGCAGGUUGGCGCCGAGUGUUCGCACUUUGAGUACUUUCAAUCUGUGCGCAAUCCUCGCCUGGAACGCUACGCGAGUGAGACGAACAAGCUGAUAAUACGACUACAUCGGCUGCUGAAGGAUUUGCCCUCGGAUUCGGUGCAGCGCAAGCAGCACGAACAACAGACGGUGGCCUGGCUGGAUGGCACUUCGGUGAAGCUGUGCCCCAGCUGCGCCAAGAGUUUCCACAUAGCCCGCAGGCAGCAUCACUGUCGUCUCUGUGGCGGGAUUAUGUGCAAUGAUUGCUCCAAGUUCCUAGCCCUAGAGAAUGCCAUGCAAUUGGCCAGCCUCUCGACCAGUCGGAGCGAGCCAUUGCAGCAAAUGCAUCAGGGUGACCGUGCCAUACGCCUCUGCGAGCAUUGCCUGUGGCUGCUCGACACCCGCCAGGACAUGCACGAGAGCCGCACUUGCCGCCCACUGUUCGUGCAGGUCUAUGAGCAGAUCCGGCAGCUGCAAAAGGAUGUCAACCCAGAUCUGGACAUGUAUCUAAAGAUUAUCAACAGCCUGCACGAGGGAGAGAGCAUAUUUACCAUUACAGAUGCCAGCGCCUUGCGUGGCAAAAUAGGCCAGGUGGCCGAAGCCAUGGAUAUGCGGAGUAAGCGCAUUCUGGCCAUCUACUGUGAGCCCGGCAGUCGGGAGGAGUCGCUAAAGAAGGCCAUUCGCUUGAGCUGCAUCCAGGCCAUAAAGGAGCGGAUGCUGUCGCUGCCACCACUGCCGGAUGAGGCGCAUAUCCAGCGGAUACAAGAACGCAAGCGCAUGGAGACGGAGCAGCGCAUCCUCACCGAACAGCGGAUGGCCAUGGAGGCGUAUGAGCGUUAUGGCCUGGGCGCCACAACCAUACAGUCGGGCGGGGGUCUGGAAAGCGGCACCUUUGCUCAGGGGUCGGAUCUGCAAUCCAUUAACAACUGGUCUGCCCCACAAGCUUCCACCUCCACCUCAAAGUCCAGCCUGGACGAUCCCCUGAUUGAACAAAUCAAUAUUAUAAAGGGCUACAUUAAGCAGGCGCGGCAGGACAUGAACUUCGAGGUGGUGGAAACGCUGGAACUGAACCUACGCGAGCUGCAGCGCGAGGUGUACGAGAGGCAGCGCAAGUCCCAGAACAGUGCCGCCUCGCCCGAUGUCGAACAGCAGCAGUCCUAAACCAGUAUACAGUAUGCAUAUGGUAGGUUGUAUAUAUGCAUUCCCAGCAAAAUGACAAAUUAAAUAUACAUUUUAAUGUGUGUGAGUAUAUUUGUUGUGCGGAAAAGACUCAAGACUUGUGCGUUUGACGACAUGUGAGAUUCCAAAAAUGCAUACAUAUAAUAAUAUCAUAUUGUAUAAUAUACGAUGUAGGUCGUAUACCUUCCUAAGACUUGAGUCCGACGGAAGCAAUCAAUCCCUGAACUUUGGCUAUAUACGCGCCCUGCGCAUCGGCAUUGCUCAUUCCUUUGCGUCCAUUCCAGGCCUCCCACUUGGCCUUACCCUUAAAGUCCAGGAAACCGGGCUUGUCUGGAGUAUUGGAAGCCGUAAAUUGCAUUAAUAAUUAAUUGAUUUUAUCAAACAACUGUCCGUUCUCUCUCACACACCAGUAUUGCAAUCGCCCACUGUGGCCUGCUUGAACAGACUGUAGAGUUCCAAAAGGUCAUUAUCCGCGGGCGUGGUAUUCAGAUUCUUGACAUCUUCGGCAGCUUUAUUGAAUUCCUGCAUCAAUAUAGAGGAAUUUAGCAUAGGUGUUA